GCCGUUUUUGAUACGCUUAACAAUCUUUUGAACAUUGUUUAAGCGGAUCGCACACUCACACAGUUCCAUCGUAACGUACGUGUGGGUCGAGCCCUCCUUCUUAGGUUCAGGUGCCAUAUUGAGUGUAGAAAGUGCACUAGUGGCACUAGAGCAGUAGAGAAAAGAGAAGAAACGGAGUAUUUACAUACGAGGUUAACCCGAAUCGAAGGCCGACACAAGCAGGAUUGUCAGAUUCUCGAGGAAGGGCCGCGUGUUCAUCGGACUGAGACACUAUACGACCAACGCUAUCCGGUCCGACGCAUCUAUGCCCGUAGUACAUGCGGUUAAGGCGAAGAGACGCUCGGAAUUGAAGACUUUACUUUUGCUGGCCGCCCCCGCUUGCUCUCUUUGUGAUAUUUCUCAUAGGCGGUGUGAGCAACUUUGGCAGAGUUUGUCUAAUGUCGACGGCGGAACACAAAAUCACGCAGUCCCUUAGGAAACAGGCGUACGCCGCUAUCCUUCAACAGGAAACGGCAAUGUUUGACAGAGAAAGUACGGGAGAACUAGUCGGGAGAUUGAGCGAUACACAACUUAUUAGCUCCGCUGUCACGUCCAAUGUAUCAGAUGAUUUGCGCUCUGCUAUUAUGGCCAUUACAGGAAUGUCCAUGAUGUUUUAUGUCGCCGUCGCUAGCAUAAUAUCGAUUAAUGAAAGUAAUUUGGUUCAUAAAGGUGUGAGUGAGAUUGAUUUCUUUCUCGGCGCUGUAAAUGAACGCUCGUCCGCACUUUCUCUGUAUAUUUCGUGUUGUGAUACUAUUCGCUGUAAAACGUAUUCUUAAUCAGUGAUAUAUAUUGUAAUGAUUACUUGUAAUAAAAAUAAAUCUGAUUAACUGA